AUGCUCCAGCAGAAUAAUAACAACAACUACCCCUGUCUGAACGUGUCGGGCUCCACCCGUGAGAUGCUUCACAAGUGCUCCAGAGCCUCUCUGCCCUUCCCCAGCCGACUGGAGCUGAGCCUGGGAGACCUGCCGCUGAUCCGGGGCCUCCGAGCCUGGGCCCUUUGCUCCAAAAACCGCUGCAAGGCUGGUGGACUUCUGGGAGGAGGACAGGCCCCCACAGCUCCACCUGCAGGCCGCGGGAGUUCAACUUCCUGCCCCAGGCCCGCAGAUGUGUACCUGAGCGGGGAGUGGGCACACAUGGGGUACGGGCUUCCCAUGGGGCUGGAUGCCAGACAGGCUGGGAUCGGAGCUUUGGUGACGGUGGCCACUCUGAAGACCUCAGAGGGAAGUGGGAAGACACAGACUCAGUGCCUCUUCCUCCGGACUGAGAAAGGCAGCUGUCUGUACUCGACAGCUAAGCCUGGUUCUGGGGCGGGUACUGGUGCGGCCUCCAGUGUGGUUGGAGGAUGGCUGAGAGGGAAGACAGGAGCGGGAGGCAGAGACACUCCAGUCGGGAGGAGGGAGAGUGGGCCAACUCUGCCGGCACAGACUGGAGCAAACCGGGUUAGAGUGCGAUCAGGCCGGAGAUGGAGGAAAUCCGGUAAUGCAGCAGGCCGUGAGAAAACAGGCGUGAGCAGAGAGAGGCAGCAGAGAGGCAGGGAGGAUCCUGCAGGAGAAAGACAGGAAGAGGGAGACAAAGGAAGCCUGGACAGUAAACAGUUUCCCAGCCUGCAGCAGGAUAGCAGGAGAGCCAGACAAGAGAAGGAGGGAGCGUGCAGAAGUCCCAGAUGCUGCCAUAAUGUUUCUCCUAAAACCUGUGCUCAGUGUGGAAGGAGAGCACCGAGAAGGGAGAGCCAGGAUGAAGGCGAGGGAGGUGAAAGUCCGAGAGGAGGCGUCCCAAACAGGCUGAAUGGUGAGGUGAAAGGAAUAAGGAAGGAGAGAGAAAAGAAUGAGGAGGAGGAGAGGGGAGGCCUCUGUGGGUUGGAGUCUUCUAUCCCUGUUCUGGCUGCACCAAACCCUGACCUAGAAUCUAACCGCUUUCAUCCACAACCCCCCGGUGGCUGUGAUGGUGAAGAGAUCAGAGAAGCCGACAGCAACGAGGAGCUGAGGACGCAAACCUCUCACAGGAAGGACGACCCUUCAGAGAAAGAGCUGGAUUCAAACUCUGAGAUUCUGAAAAUACAUCAUGAAAACAAUGAUUUCAUUCAGGUUCACACUGGACAGUCGACUGAUGACUUUGAAUCAACACAUGACAGAGAAGCAGCUGAACAUCCCUGUGAGGAAACAGUGGCUAAUGUAAACGGAUUCUCUGAUUAUGUGGAAGCAGAUGAAGAAUCAGAGAAAGAGAUGGAGAGAGUGGAUGCUGAGGAGGAGGAGGAGAGCGUCAAUCAGACUCCUUCUGAAUUCUCAGUUUUGUCCAACUGCUACGAGGACGUCUCUGUCUCCCCCCACCCUGCGUCCAUUAGCACUGCAGCCUCCCCUGGAUCCUCCUCUCCUGUAGAGGGCAGCAUCUGCACUGCUGACCAUGAGGCUUGUUGGAUUAAACAAGAGAACAGCCAAGUAGAGCACCUUGGACACCUUCACGUUGGGGAGACGGACCCUGAGACCGUGGGUAAAGAAGAACUGGAUGUUUGGAGAUUUGAGGCAAAGGAAGGAAACUGUUCAGCUGACGAGAACAACACUGUGAAACCUCAGCUUUUCUUUGAAAAAGAGGAAAAUAACAGCCAGCUGGAGGAGAGAGAGGCUUCAUCCUCAGCUCUCAGAAACAGAGAUCCUCUCGUCUUUGAGACAGAAAACAGCUGCGACUGUAGGACAACUGAGACUGAGCGGAGAGACGAGCUGGAGUCAGAGGAAGCGAAUGUAGAGGAGAGACUAAAUCCCAAGGAAGGAGUUGGAGCUGAGGAGACUUGGAGGAGGGAGUGCACCUGCAGUGAGCUGGACUUUGGCAGUGGGAAAGGUGGCGAGGACAAAGAACAUGUUGGUACCACACAGGAGGAGAUUUGCAAAGGAGUGAAGAGGAGCUGUGCACCAAAGGACAACAGGAGGUCACAGGACUCUGCAGACGGAUGGAGGGGACGGACGAGUAAGGAUGGAGACGCCUGCGGGGAAACAGGCAUCAACUCUGCUGAAGAAAAUGGAGAGACUGUUGCCUGUGUUGGUCCCUCCACCUCUUUUGCACUCUCCCUGGCUAAUCCUGACCCCUCACUGCCCCCCCUGGGAUCCAUGGAAACCGGCCUGCCCUGUGUGGAGGAGGAGGAGGGGGGGCUCAGAGCGACGGCAGGAGACGGAGGUCAGGAAGGGAAGAGCAGGCACAGGAGAGAGCUGGAGGAGCAGGGAGAGGAGGAGAGGGGCUCCACUGGGGCCACUGCAGAAAGGAGGAAGGAGGAGGAGGAGGAAGAUGAGUUUGGGGUGUUCAUGCAGGCGGAGGGAGAGCUGGCCUGGAGCGAGGGGUUCACCAUGUCUGCCUCAGUGCCUUGUGGGAGCAGAGAGAGUGUUGCUCUCGUAAACCACGCCAUCGCCGGGGAGGUGACCCAGUGGACGCCAGGCUGGACAGACAGCCCCUUCCACCAAUCAGCCGACACCUGGACAGCCUUUCCUCAGGAUUUGUCAGAUGAGGGUCGAGAUGUCGUGGGGCAGUGGUGGCCGGCCAGCGCUGUGGAGGAGAGGAGAGACAGGCUCUCAGCCAAUCAGAACCUGGCGGCCAUCUUUGCUGAAGCCUUCCCCUCGCUUCCUGGCUCUUCGUCCAGUGACCUCGAUGCUGUUCCGACUCUGGCCCAGCUCCUCCGGGGCAGAGCCAGCCAGGACCAGGGGCUGUUGGACAAUUUCCAUGACUUGAACAAAAUGAUUGGCCAGAGAUACAAGAGAGCCAACGGCGUGUCCCGUGACCUGCUGCUGAAGACGUUACACCUGGAGCAGCCACACACUGAAAGCAGACCUGCUCCCUGGACAGCCAAUCGGCGCCUCUCCCCCGGACUCCCCUCAGCCAAUCAGCACGCUCAGAGCGUUGCCGCCAAGCGACGACUGUCGUAUGACUACAACAGAAACAUCUUGGAGUAACUCUGCAGGUUCAGUUUUAGUUGGACCGUGAUUGAUCAGCGUUCCCCUGAAGAACAGCACCUGGACAGAUCAACAGCAGGUUUCUCUGAUCAAGAUUCACGACAUGUGUCAAAUACUGACUGACCUUUAGACUCUUUGCUCACUCCCUGGUUAUUCAAGCCUGAACCGCUGAGAAGACGCGCUCCAUGUUUCAGGCGUCGUCUCCUCCAGCUCCAGCUGAUGUAUACUGGUGGAGUGAUCUCAUUACAUAUGACGGUGGUAUGCUCCCAAAAAUCACGAGCACAAAGGAGAUCCGCUCUGCUCAGACACACACACACGUACUCGUACAUCGUUUCCCUCCAGACUGUGCUUUUCCCCUGAUUUUAUCUAUAUUUAUAACAUUAAUAUUGGCAGUGUGUAUAUAUCUGUAUGUGUAUUUAUCAUGUUAAUAUUCUUUCCCUAUGCUGUCAUUUUACCAAACACUAUUAAAAUAACUACAGCAUCUAAGUAGAAAAACAAAACAGUGUUUUAUCAAAUUCAUGUCGAUGGAAGAUUCAAGACAUUCAAGUCAAACCAAGUCCGUUUUUUUUAUUUAGCACCAAAUCACAGCAGACGUUUUCUCAGGGCACUUUUCAUAUAGAACAGGUUUACAUGGUUCGUCCAGCAGGUGUUGUUGUACCUAGCUGUCAAAGAUGGUGGACUCGCUCCAUCAGUUAUCUGUAGGGAAACAACGGCUGAGUCCGGCCACUCACUGCCAAAAAGAAAAUCCACUCCCACGCCAGCGAGCAGGAGAUCAGUGACAGCAGUCGUGUGCUGGGGAUAGAACUGGAAUCUGCACGAACCCUGAGCAGAGUUUCCUCCUCGCAGGCGACAGUGUUCCUCACAUGAGCAGAAAGAUUGUACCUGCGAGUGCUUUCGCGAAAGUAAAACAUCUGCAUGCAUGGAUCUCAUUUGUGCUGGUUGAUUUUGGCAGUGUAAUGCCGUCAUACUACACACACGCUACCUUGUUCACCACCAAACUCCCAUUUAGAUUUUUCCUUCCUGACCCGGACUGAGACAUCUCCGAGGCAGAGCUGCUGCUUUGGCAGAAACGGUUUUUGGAUGGUUAGCAUACUUGCUAACUAGCUCAUCUGUAUUGAUACAAGCAAUGGUGGCUCGGAUCCCGUAAGGUUUUGCCUUUUGCAUAAGAUGAAACAGUCUUCGUAUCCAGAGUAUUGUCUCUUUGGCUUCACCAAAGAGUUGUUCAACUCAACCAGUGAGAUAUUUUCUUCCUCUACAGCAGCUCUGAGAGUUUGCAGAACGGAUGUUGUGUUCAUGUCAUGUGGAAAAACAACAGAGCAGUAAGAGAAAAAAAAGAUUUCUGUUUGGAUUUGAAAGUCAUGCAGAGUAUCAGACCGUUUGAGGCGGCACUUGCCAAGGUCACUGAUCAGUUAUUCAGCACUGAGAUGCAGUUUUAAUCAUUUAUAUGCCACAUAAGCAUUGAAUCAUUAUGAAGGAGGCAUUUGUGUUUGCUUUUCAAGCAAAUCUGUAAUCUGUCUUCAGUGCUAACAUGAUGGCAGAUGAUGCUUCAUAUGAUGUGAACAUGAUAUAAAGAUGCGGUGACAUAAUGCUCCUUUUCUGCUGUGACUCCAUUAACGUGGCCUGACGCUUAUAACUGCUGGAAAUCUUAACGUCACAUUCAUGCAAAUUUUUAAGCUUUUAAUUUUUCCACCUUUAAUUUUUAUGAAUAACAGGAGUAGUAGAAAAAUAUGCCAUCCCACUGAAGAUGCAAAGCAUUAUUUUUCCACGUGUUACAGAUAUAAAGUUACAGAAGAAGGGUCCAGAUGUGAUGGCUUUUACAUUUUACUUUUACAUUUUGCAGAUUGAUGCAUGUGUUUUCAUUGUGUAAUAGCUAAAGAGAAAAAAAAGCCAACAACAGGAAUGAAGUUCAAAAAUCGUUUUGGUUCCUCAGAGAAACAAACUCGUCUUCCAGUUCGUGCCAACAGGAGCACCAGUGAAAGUCACUACGCUCACGUGAAUGCAACAGUAUUCUGCAGCUGAGUCCACUUCAUGGGCAAAACUUAAAUCUCGAUGCCAAUCAAAAACAAUAUUUCUGAGAACACUGUCCACAUCAGUGAUGCUCUGUACGUUUUUCAUUUCGACAUAUCGUUACAGAUUAUCACCUCAGAAAGUUUAUUUGGCGUUGCGUUGUAUAUUUCACUGGUCACCUCAGCCAUCUGUGAUGAAAUUCAGAAACGGAUCGUGUGUGUGUCUCUGCCAUUUGUAUAAACUACAAAUUCCUAAGAAAAGAAAAAGAUGAAUAUUUUCUGAUCUGUUAAAAUGAGGAAGAAGGAGAUGUCGCCUUGCUAACUGAUGUAAUAAAAUGA